AUGGAGACCACUCCUUCAACUAAGCAUCCAUCAGUUGCUGACGGACUGGUGGGACCCAUGAGAAGGCAACUGAAGCUGAAGCUGACUGAGCAGCUCAUUGCUGAUCCCAUGCUGGAACAAGACUGGUUCCACAUGAGGAUAAGUGCAAGGCUCCUGAUAGGUGUCAUCAACUGGAAUUUAUGCAAUAUCUGA